UGGCGAUGGUCCACUCUGCCAUUGAAGACAUUUUCGGGUGCUCAAUGGCAUAGGUUUUCGCAAAUAAAAAAUGUUCAAAAAACUUACAUCUCAACGACCUUCUCAGGUCGUCCAAGCUCAGCAGCGAGUUCCUCGUUCUUGAGCAUCUUCUUAUCAGUAGCCUUGAACAGGCCAUAGCUACCAAUUGUUAGCCCAUGCCUUGGUAGACCUUUACCUGCCUCGCCAUCAUGAAUUGAUGGUCGAGAUCAAGAGCAAGAGUCGCGACUUACCCUGCCGGCGUCUCGGCAAGCACAAAGAGCGACAUUGUGAAUUAGUUUUGGUUCCUUCCUUCUGGUCUCGCUCUAUUCGAUUGGCGUCGUGGCUUCCUCGCGAGGCACAGUCCGGUUCGUUGUGCGCGGCUGCGAAAGGAAAGAUCGAGGGUGGGCUGGCGAUGGAAAAAUUUCAGAUGAAGCUUGGGAAGGCUCCACUCAAUUUUUUUGGUCUUGGUUCUGGCGCGGAAAGUGUGAUGCAGGUUCUUCGGCUGCCGGAGCUACUUGGUUCCGGUUUCUGCAUCAGGUACGUACCCCCAGCCACUGACUCCUGGCCACUCACGUGUCGACGCUCGCGACAGGAUGUCUGGGCAAGCUUGCGUCGCAGGCUGAGGUUUGUUAGGCGGCCAACUUAAACAAUCCAGUUGAUUCAUCGCCUCGGCCACGAAGACGCCCUAUUGCCCUCAAGACCUGAAAUACGAUAGAUCAAGGCCGACCGAACUACCACGAACGAGAAUCAAGAUGGAGGGUCUUCUCUACAACGUCAACGGCGGCUACGUCGAAGGAAUUGUCCGAGGCUACCGCAACGGUCUUCUCACAGGCGCUGCCUACAACAACUUGACUCAAUGCGAGACGAUUGAUGAUCUCAAGCUUCAGCUUGGCCCUUCAUAUGGCGAUUUCCUCGCUUCCCUACCACCUAACCCCUCGACUUCAGCUCUCGCGGCCAAGACCACCGACAAGCUCAUCUCAGAGUUCCGAUAUGUGCGCGCUCAAGCUGUCGGCUCACUUGCUACCUUUAUGGACUACGUCACCUACGGCUACAUGAUCGACAACGUCGCCCUUCUCAUCACAGGAACCCUUCAUGAGCGGGAUACCCGUGAGCUUCUUGAGCGAUGCCAUCCUCUGGGAUGGUUCGAGACUAUGCCAGUUCUCUGCGUUGCUACAAACAUCGAGGAACUUUACAACAGUGUGCUUAUCGAGACCCCUCUUGCCCCAUACUUCAAGGGCAGUCUUAGCCACCAGGAUCUCGACGAGUUGAACAUUGAGAUUGUGCGAAACACACUCUACAAGAACUACCUUGAGGACUUUUACAACUUUGUCAACACUCACCCUGAGAUGGCUGGUUCACCCACUGCUGAGGUCAUGUCUGAGAUUCUCGAGUUCGAGGCUGACCGCCGAGCCAUCAACAUCACACUCAACUCUUUCGGCACAGACCUUUCCAAGCAAGACCGUAACAAGCUCUACCCCAACUUUGGCAAGCUUUACCCUGAAGGAACUCUCAUGCUCUCCCGAGCUGAGGACCCUGAGGGUGUUCGUCUGGCAGUUGAUGGUGUUCAUGACUACAAGUCUUUCUUUGACACCAUCUCAGUCGGUGGCGGGCCCUCAGGGCCUGGAAACAUGGGUGGCGGCGCUGGUGAGACCAAGACCCUGGAGGAUAUGUUUUACCAGAAGGAGAUGGAGAUUUCCAAGAAGGCUUUCACCAGGCAGUUCACUCACGCCAUUGUCUACGCUUGGGUAAAGCUCCGAGAACAGGAAAUCCGCAACAUUACCUGGAUUGCCGAAUGCAUAGCUCAGAACCAGAAGGAGCGCAUCGGCAACUACAUCAGCGUCUUUUAAAUCGAGUAUGAGUAUUGGCAUCGUUUUCAUUUUUAGCAGGAUUUUGUGUAGUAUAGCAGCAACUGAGCUCGUAAUGGCACGGAUUAGUUCCCACACUGGCGCAAAGGACAGAUAGGUAGAUGCAAAAGGCGGCAUCGUCGCUCCAUCUUUCAGGUGGCUUGUAUUGUACAUAGAGAGAAACAAGUUAUUCUACAAAAUCAUCUCAGCUCUCGCCCUGUCUUACAGCGAGAUCUGGUCCUUCCAUGUCGCAGGUGAAAGACCCAGCUUCUCAACCAUGUGAGUCCAUCGCUCACUUCCCCUCUCCUUGCGGUCCAUGUACUUCAUCAGCUUUUGCCUUCGGUGCAGCAAUAAUCUCAAGUUUCGCUUGUUGUGCUUAUCCUUGUAUCCUCUGUUGAUCUGCAGAGC